ACAUAGCACCCAAAUUCCAAUACCCGACCCAAUUUCAGAUUACAACCCGAUUUUCUCUCGCUCGACUUCAGUCUCCCUCAGCUGCGAACUUUCUCCGGCACUUCUUCAUAAACUUGUUCUGAGAUUUUUGCCUGUCAACUUAACGGCUGUCCAGACAUUGUGAUAGAUUACAGAGAUGGUCUGUAUCUCUAGCUGCCGCUUGGAUCUAGUUCCAGGUGUCUUCUGCCCCAAAAUUGGUGGAGUCCGUCUGAGACUACCAUCUCAUAGCAUGAGUUACAAGAAGAGCACAUUCAGAAGUCAUGUUUGCAAUCGGCUUGUGUCUAAAAAGGUGACUGGUAGAAGCAUUACGCAUUUAUCUCUAGCUGGUCAUUCUGUCAAAUGUGCUUCAUUUGCUGAAAGAAACUACCAAUCUAGUGUCAAUAACGAUGAGGAUCCAUUUCUAAUAAACACUAUGAAGCAAGCUAUCAGGGCUGCAAAAUCUGUAUUACUAUUUCUGGUUGAGCAGCCAAGUCAGCUGAAGUACAUAGAAUGGCCUGGAUUUCAAAGCACGCUCAAGACGGCAACACUGGCACUUGUUCUGCAUGAUUCAGGAUAUAUAAGCUGGCUUCAGUCAAAACCAACUCCUUCGAAUGGUGCUCCCUGUAUUUGUUUGCUUCUGGCAUAAGGCUAUGCUCGACAAUACAAGAUUGGACUAACUCGAGCAGCAUGAGACCUGCAGCUUUUAAGCAUCUGCUGAAUACGUCACCACAGAGAAGACCCUUAUGAGAGAGUGUAGCAUUAUACUACUCGUGGUACUAUUGCUAUGGUAGUCUGAUAAGAGUCUGUAAAUUUGUCUAUUUGUUGAUUACUCAUUUAUGCACUUUCUUAAUUUGAUGAUAGACAUUGAACUGGUUAAUGGUUCUCGACUUAUGCUUUGCAUUAUGUUUACUAGAAUUGGCUUCUCUUCUUGAAGCGAGAAAUAUAAGAGGUGGUCAUCUCGCAUUAACAA